AAUUUUCUGCAGGUGACUGGGAACUCUUGAUGACUCAUGAGGAGGAUCUCAAAAGUGUUUCCGCUCUUUUCCUGAAUUCUUUCCGUGACAGCCACUUUAAUCCACAUAAAAUAGGGUUUAACCUGUCCUGCACUCUUUCGGCGGAAGACAAUAAGACAAUAGAAAUCACAGCACUGGAUCUGCGGCUCUGUAGCGAUAUCGAAGGUGCUUCCAACACUAAACCUUGUGGUCAGAGGAUGAUCAUAACGGAACCGCAGAACCAACCUUACGUAAUCGAUGUUACUUCCAAUGACGACCAGGGAUACCUGGGAUUGAAGAAGGUUUACCUGUCCAAAACUAACCAAGUCACCAUUCAGGUUCAGUCGGACGGCAUAAAAUCGUCAUUGAACGUGUGGCUGUACGUGGAACCUUCUGGUGGAAAAAUCACUGGCAAGUGUAGUGCUCCGAUUCUAUUUACAACCACAACAACCACUACCACCACAACGGCCCCAUCUACGGCCACGAGCAUAUCCACCAGACGGCGAGUCAUAACAUCAACAGUUCAUGUUUCAAGUCCUAAGACAACCACAGGUAUCAUCUCUGGCACAACAACUACGGCAGACGGACAUUUAGGACACUCAGGAGGUGAAGUCGGUGGUGAACACUACGUAAACCCAGACGCCAGUUCUCAACUCGACCAGGUCCUCAUUUAUGAAAAGAUAUCUGUGACAGGAGUGUGGGCCACUUUCUUGAUAAUUUUCCUUUUCCUCAUCUGGGCCUAUCGCAAGCUGAGAGCUAAGCGUAAGCAGUUCAGACUGGGACAAACGCAAAGCCACGAGGUGCCGCAGAUGAGAAACACCAAGGCAAACGUGUACGCCACGCCGCCGUUCAGCAACUCGGCCUAUGAACCCGGGCGAGAACGCAUUAGUCGUCACAGUUACAACCUUCCGCAAGAUGUCACAAGGCCUCCCCCACUACCACCACAACAGACCAAAUCCCGGAUAUACGAAAAGACGCCCGCUCCUUCUGUUCCAACUCGAGUGCGUGCUCCAGACAGACCUCGCGAACACCAAAGUUGA